GGCACCUAUAUAAGUUGACAAACACAUAUCUUAUAAAUGUUUGCGAAAACAUUCAGCAGGACAACAACGUCUGUGCGAAUCUCCCCACAUCUCGCAACGUUCUGUAAAGGCAAUACACGGAAACAUGGAUCAAGUGUCCGAAGAUAUGUCCAACCUUCAGCUCGGGGGUCGGGCAGUGAAGGACGACUUUCCCAAUCUCAGCGAGCACAACAACCACAUGGCCAAGUUUUUAACCAUUGACAUGUACAGUAAACUGAGAGAACAGUGUACUCCUAAUGGCUUCACUAUAGAUGAUGUCAUCCAGACAGGCGUGGAUAAUCCAGGUCACCCCUACAUCAUGACUGUGGGCUGUGUGGCCGGAGACGAGGAGUCGUACGAGGUCUUCAAAGACUUGAUGGACCUUGUGAUUGAGGAACGACAUGGAGGUUACUUACCGAAUGACAUGCACAAGACUGACCUCACACAUGAAAAUCUGAAGGGAGGCGACCUCGACGACAACUACGUUCUGAGCUCCCGUGUCCGAACGGGCCGCAGCAUCCGUGGCUAUUGCCUGCCGCCACACUGCAGCCGUGGAGAAAGACGUGCUGUGGAGAGGCUCUCUAUUGAAGCCCUGGAUUCACUGAAUGGCGACCUGCAGGGGAAAUACUACGCCUUGAAGAACAUGACUGAUGAUGAGCAGCAGCAGCUGAUUGAUGACCACCUGCUGUUUGACAAGCCAGUGUCCCCAUUGCUGCUGGCUUCAGGGAUGGCCCGUGAUUGGCCUGACGGCAGAGGCAUCUGGCACAACGACAAUAAGACCUUCCUGGUGUGGGUGAACGAGGAGGACCAUCUGAGAGUGAUCUCGAUGCAGAAAGGAGGCAACAUGAAGGAAGUGUUUACUCGCUUCUGUACCGGACUCACUCAGCUGGAGUCCUUAUUCAAAGAAAAAGGUGAAGCGUUCAUGUGGAACGAGCACCUGGGCUACAUCCUGACUUGCCCAUCCAACCUUGGGACUGGAUUGCGAGCUGGAGUCCAUGUGAAGCUUCCAAACAUGGGCCAGCACCCUGAGUUUGAGGAAGUUCUGAAAAGGCUCAGGCUUCAGAAACGAGGAACCGGUGGCGUGGACACUGAUGCUGUUGGUGGAGUCUUUGACAUAUCAAACGCAGACAGACUGGGCUUCUCUGAGGUGGAGCUGGUGCAGAUGGUGGUCGAUGGUGUCAAGCUGCUGGUGGAGAUGGAGAAGAAACUGGAGACGGGCGAACCAAUCGAUAGCCUCAUGCCCAGCAUCCAGAGUAUUAAAGAAAUUGAUUCUGAGCCUGUGCGAAAAAAGCUGCAAGCUGAGGAAGAAUUUCCAGAUCUGAGUCAGCACAACAACCACAUGGCCAAGCACUUAUCCCUGGACAUGUACAACAAACUGAGGGAGUGCACAACUACCAAUGAGUUCACUAUUGAUGAUGUCAUCCAGACAGGCGUAGAUAAUUUUGGUCACCCUUUCAUUAUGAAGGUUGGAUGCGUGGCCGGAGAUGAGGAGUCAUAUGAGGUCUACAAACCUCUGAUGGACCUUGUCAUUCAGGACAGACAUGGAGGAUACAAACCAACUGACAAGCAAAAGACUGACCUCAAUCCAGAAAAACUAAAUGGGGCUGAGGACCUUGACCCAAACUAUGUUUUGAGCUCCCGUAUUCGCACUGGCCGCAGCAUUCGCGGCUUCUGCCUGCCGCCGCUCAUUAGCCGCGGAGAAAGACGUGCUUUGGAGAAGCUCUCCAUUGAAGUUCUGGAUUCACUGACUGGAGACCUGCAGGGGAAAUACUUUGCUGUCAAAGAUAUGACAGAAGCUGAGCAGCAGCAGAUGAUUUAUGACCACUUCAUGUUUGACAAGCCACAGUCCCCUCUGCUGCUGUCUACAGGGAUGGCCCGUGACUGGCCUGAUGGCAGAGGCCUCUGGCAUAAUGACAACAAGACGUUGUUGGUGUGGGUGAACGAGGAGGACCAUUUGAGAGUGAUCUCAAUGCAGAAAGGCGGCAACAUGAAGGAAGUGUUCACUCGCUUUGCCAACGGACUUGCUCAGAUGGAGUCCUUGUUCAGGAAGAAAGGUCACGUUUUCAUGUGGAAUGAGCACCUCGGCUACAUCUUGACUUCCCCAGCCACACUUGGCACUGGACUGCGUGCUAGUGUUCACGUAAAGCUACCAAAUAUGAACAAGCAUCCUGAGUUUGAUGAGGUUCUUAAGAGGCUAAGGCUCCAGAAACGUGGAACCGGUACAUGCAACCUUAUUUGGUCCAAGUGGUGUAAAUGUGGUGAAGACACAGCUGUUGUGGAUGCAGUCUUUGACAUCUCCAACAUUGACAGAAUGGGUGUCUCUGAGGUGAGGCUCGUCCAGAUACUGGUUGAUGGGAUAAGAGUGCUGGUGGAGAUGGAGAAGAGGCUUGAAAUGGAUGAGUCCAUUGAUGACCUAAUGCCCAGCAGCAUUGAGCUGAAAGGGUUGACAGCUAAGGACGAGUUCCCAGAUCUCAGUCAGCACAACAACCACAUGGCUAAAGUUCUAACUCUGGAAAUGUAUAAAAAGCUAAAGGAUCGCACAAGUCCCAAUGGCUUCACCAUAGAUGAUGUCAUUCAGACAGGCGUGGAUAAUCCAGGUAACCCCUUGAUCAGGACGGUGGGCUGUGUGGCUGGAGAUGAGGAGUCCUAUGUAGUCUUCAGGGAUCUGCUGAACCUAGUCAUUGCAGCUAAACAUAAAGGUUUUAAACCCAAAGACAAUCACAAAACUGACAUCAACCCGGACAAUCUGAAGGGUGGUGAUGAUCUGGAUCCUGAAUAUGUUCUGAGCUGCAGAGUGCGAGCACGCCGCAGCAUCCGCGGCUUCUGUCUACCCCCGCUCUGCAGCCGUGGAGAGAGACGAGCGCUGGAGAAGCUCCUAGCUGAAACCCUGGACUCACUGACUGGAGACCUGCAAGGGAAAUACUACUCUUUGAAGAACAUUACAGAGGAGGAGCAGCAGCAGAUGAUUGAUGACCACUUGCUGGUUGAUAAGCCAGUGUCCCCACUGUUGCUGGCCUCGGGGAUGGCCCGUGACUGGCCUGACGGCAGAGGCAUUUGGCACAAUGAGAGCAAGACAUUGCUGGUGUGGGUAAAUGAGGAGGACCAUCUGCGAGUUAUCUCCAUGCAAAAAGGCCACGACAUGAAGGAAGUGUUCACCCGCUUCUGCAGCGGACUCACAGGGAUUGAGUCCAUAAUUAAGAAGAAAGGUGAAGCCUUCAUGUGGAAUGAGCACCUGGGCUACAUCCUGACUUGCCCAUCCAAUCUUGGGACCGGCUUGCGCGCUAGUGUCCAUGUAAAGCUUCCAAACAUGAGCAAGCACCCCGAGUUUGAAGAAAUUCUAAGGAGGUUGAAGCUCAAGAAAAGUGGAAAUGGUGAUGCGGACAACGAUGCUGUUGAGGGAGUCUUUGACAUUUCGAACACUGAAAGACUGGGUUUCUCUGAGGUGCAGCUGGUGCAGACAGUGGUCGAUGGAGUCAAGCUGCUCGUGGAGAUGGAGAAAAGGCUGGAAAAGGAGGAGCCCAUAGAUGAAUUGAUGCCAGCCAACCUUGCGCUAAAUGUGUUUUCAGCUGAGCAAGAGUACCCAGAUCUCAGUCAGCACAACAACCAUAUUGCAAAGUUCUUAACCAAGGACAUGUACAAGACACUGAGACAACGUUGUACCCCUAAUGGCUUCACUAUAGAUGAUGUCAUUCAGACAGGCGUGGAUAAUCCAGGGCAUCCCUACAUCAUGACAGUGGGUUGUGUAGCUGGAGAUGAAGAGUCAUACAAGGUAUUUAAAGAGCUGAUGGACCUUGUGAUUCAGGAUAGACAUGGAGGUUACAAACCAUCAGACAUCCACAAGACGGACCUCAAACCAGACCACCUUAGGGUAAAUGACAUUUUGCCAGGAUCGACCUAAAUACAACCUAAUGUCUGUUCUACCUCCCAGGGUGGCGAUGACCUUGAUUCAAGAUACGUUCUGAGCUCCCGAGUUCGAACUGGACGCAGCAUCCGUGGCUUCUGUCUGCCACCGCUCUGCAGUCGCGGAGAGAGACGUGCUUUAGAGAAGCUCUGCACUGAUGCUCUUGAUUCCCUAACUGGAGACCUGCAGGGGAAAUACUAUGCCUUGAAGAACAUGACUGAUGAUGAGCAGCAACAGCUGAUUGAUGACCACUUUCUGUUUGACAAGCCAGUGUCCCCUCUUCUGCUGGCCUCAGGGAUGGCCCGUGACUGGCCUGACGGCAGAGGCAUCUGGCACAACGACAAUAAGACAUUCCUGGUGUGGGUGAAUGAGGAGGACCAUCUGCGCGUGAUUUCAAUGGAGAAAGGAGGCAACAUGAAGGAAGUGUUCACUCGAUUUUGCACUGGACUAACUGAGAUUGAGUCUGCCAUUAAGCAGAAAGGUGAAGCAUUCAUGUGGAACGAGCACCUUGGCUUUAUCCUGACUUGCCCAUCCAACCUUGGCACUGGUCUGCGUGCUGGUGUCCAUGCAAAGCUUCCAAACAUGGGCAAGCACCCCAAGUUCGAGGAGGUCCUUAAAAAACUGAGGCUUCAGAAACGCGGAACUGGUGGUGUGGACACAGCUGCUGUGGAUGGAGUCUUUGACAUUUCCAAUGCUGACAGACUGGGCUUCUCUGAGGUGCAGCUAGUUCAAAUUGUGGUUGAUGGCGUCAAACUGCUGGUGGAAAUGGAGAAAAGACUGGAGAAGGGUUGCUCCAUCGACUCACUGAUGCCUGGAAAACUUAAAAUGAAGAAUCUGCGAGCUGAGAAAGAAUUUCCUGAUCUCAGUAUGCACAACAGCCACAUGGCAAAGUUCUUGACACUGGACAUGUACAAGACUCUGAGAGAGUUGAAAACCCCUUAUGGCUUCACUAUUGACCGCGUCAUCCAGACAGGCGUGGAUAAUCCAGGUAACCCCUUCACCAUGACUAUGGGCUGUGUGGCUGCAGACGAAGAGUCUUACGAGGUCUUCAAAGAGCUGCUGGACCUUGUGAUUGAAGACAAACACAGAGGCUAUAAACCAACAGACCUGCACAAGACUGCUCUAAACCCAGAAGGCCUGGUGGUACAGCAAACUUCCUAUUAGCAUAAGACGGGACAUACUGUAGAUUUGCGCUGGGAUAAACAAGAUGUUUUUGCUUCUUAGGGAGGCGAUGACCUUGACCCAAACUAUGUUCUGCUUUCCCGUGUCCGUGCAAGCCGCAGCAUCCGUGGCUUCUGCUUCCUAACAUAUUGCACUCGUGGAGAAAGACGUCUUCUUGAGAAGCUCUGCGUCGAAGUUCUGGAAACACUGACCGGAGACUUGCAAGGGAAAUAUUACUCCUUGAAAAAUCUGCCAGAAUCUGAGCAGCAGCAGAUGAUAGAAGAGAACUUGCUGUUUGCUAAGCCAGUCUGUCCUUUGCUGCUAUCCUCUGGAAUUAACAGAGAUUGGCCUGAUGGCAGAGGCAUCUGGCACAACAACAGCAAGAACUUUGUGGUGUGGUUGAAUGAGGAGGACCAUCUCAAAUUAAUUUCCAUUGAGAAAGGGGGCAACAUAAAGGCAGCAUUUUCCCGCUUCUGCAGUGGAAUCCAAGAGGUUGAGACCUUGUUCAAGGAGAAAGAACAAGCAUUCAUGUGGAAUGAUCACCUAGGCUUCAUUGUGUCCUGCCCAUCCAACCUGGGCACUGGUUUGCGUGCCAGUGUGCAUAUGAAACUGCCAAACCUAGGAAACCACCCAAACUUUGAUGAGGUUCUUAAGAGGCUGAGACUUGAGAAGCGUAAAAUUGGUGAUGAGGACACUCAUAAUGGAGUCUUCGACAUCUCAAAUGCAGACAGACUGGGCCUCUCUGAGGUGCAGCUUGUGCAGAUGGUGGUCGACGGUGUUAAGGUGCUGGUGGACAUGGAGAAGAAGCUGGAGAGUGAAGAAUCUAUUGACGACUUGAUGCCCACCCAGAAGUAGAGCCAAUAGCCCUCUGAAACUUUGUUCAUGAGUGUCUUAAAACCACUAAUAUUGUGUACUGUGUGGUUGAAAUAAAGAGAUACAACCAAGA